AUGGCCCUGCCUGCGCGGGGGAGAGAGAGCGGGGCACCAUCAGCGCCGCCCGCAGCCACCCCGGGGACCCACCCACCUGCUGAGCUUGGCGCAGCCUGUCACCCACCCAGCCCGGCCCCAGAGCGCCCGCCCGAGCCCAGCCUGCGCCCAGCGAGCCCAGCGCCCGCCCGAGCCCAGCCUGCGCCCAGCGAGCCCAGCGCCCGCCCGAGCCCAGCCUGCGCUCAACCCGCCCAGCGAGCCCGAGCCCAGCCUGCGCCCAACGCGCCCAGCGCCCGCCCGAGCCCAGCCUGCGCCCAGCGAGCCCAGCGCCCGCCCGAGCCCAGCCUGCGCCCAACGCGCCCAGCGCCCGCCCGAGCCCAGCCUGCGCCCAGCGAGCCCAGCGCCCGCCCGAGCCCAGCCUGCGCUCAACCCGCCCAGCGAGCCCGAGCCCAGCCUGCGCCCAGCGAGCCCAGCGCCCGCCCGAGCCCAGCCUGCGCCCAGCGAGCCCAGCGCCCGCCCGAGCCCAGCCUGCGCUCAACCCGCCCAGCGCCCGCCCGAGCCCAGCCUGCGCCCACCAAGCACUCAGCGAGCCCAGCGCCCGCCCGAGCCCAGCCUGCGCCCAAUGCGCCCAGCGCCCGCCCGAGCCCAGCCUGCGCCCAAUGCGCCCAGCGCCCGCCCGAGCCCAGCCUGCGCCCAACGCGCCCAGCACCCGCCCGAGCCCAGCGCCCGCCCGAGCCCAGCCUGCGCCCAACGCGCCCAGCACCCGCCCGAGCCCAGCGCCCGCCCGAGCCCAGCCUGCGCCCAACGCGCCCAGCACCCGCCCGAGCCCAGCCUGCGCCCAACGCGCCCAGCGAGCCAAGCGCCCGCCCGAGCCCUGCCUGCGCCCAACCCGCCCAGCGAGCGCAGCGCCCGCCCGAGCCCAGCCUGCGCCCAAUGCACCCAGCACCCGCCCGAGCCCAGCGCCCGCCCGAGCCCAGCCUGCGCCCACCAAGCGCCCAGCGAGCCCAGCGCCCGCCCGAGCCCAGCCUGCGCCCAGCGAGCCCAGCGCCCGCCCGAGCCCAGCCUGCGCUCAACCCGCCCAGCGCCCGCCCGAGCCCAGCCUGCGCCCACCAAGCACUCAGCGAGCCCAGCGCCCGCCCGAGCCCAGCCUGCGCCCAAUGCGCCCAGCGCCCGCCCGAGCCCAGCCUGCGCCCAAUGCGCCCAGCGCCCGCCCGAGCCCAGCCUGCGCCCAACGCGCCCAGCACCCGCCCGAGCCCAGCGCCCGCCCGAGCCCAGCCUGCGCCCAACGCGCCCAGCACCCGCCCGAGCCCAGCGCCCGCCCGAGCCCAGCCUGCGCCCAACGCGCCCAGCACCCGCCCGAGCCCAGCCUGCGCCCAACGCGCCCAGCGAGCCAAGCGCCCGCCCGAGCCCUGCCUGCGCCCAACCCGCCCAGCGAGCGCAGCGCCCGCCCGAGCCCAGCCUGCGCCCAAUGCACCCAGCACCCGCCCGAGCCCAGCGCCCGCCCGAGCCCAGCCUGCGCCCACCAAGCGCCCAGCGAGCCCAGCGCCCGCCCGAGCCCAGCCUGCUCCCAACGCGCCCAGCGAGCCCAGCGCCCGCCCGAGCCCAGCCUGCGCCCACCAAGCGCCCAGCGAGCGCAGCCCAGCAGACGCUCGGCGCCCAGCGAGCGGGCACUGCGAAGAGCUCGGCCUGCGCCCAGUGACGAGCCCCCUGCAUCGCUAG